GUGCAGCGAGACCCCCCCCCCCCUCAGAGCGGCAGUUUUGUGAGUCCUAGAAUAGUACAACCAUGUUUCGGAAUAGCCUCAAGAUGCUUCUUACUGGAGGAAAAUCAAGUCGUAAGAACAGAUCAAGUGAUGGAGGAAGCGAGGAACCACCGGAUCGAAGACAGUCAAGUGUAGACUCUCGCCAAAGCCGCUCUGGGCAAGGUGGCAUCUCCACAGAAAGCGACUGUGCUUUUGAGCCAGACUACGCCGUCCCACCACUUCCCGUGAGUGAAGGUAUGCAGCACAUUCGGAUUAUGGAGGGCAUGUCUCGCUCUCUUCCAUCCUCCCCCUUACUCACACAUCAGUCUAUCAGUGUUCGGCUCCAACCUGUGAAGAAGUUAACUGCCCCUCUGAGGAAGGCAAAGUUUGUUGAGAGCCCACGAAUUCCAGAAUCCGAGCUUGGCUCACCAACCCUCACUUCAGCUCAGAAACUGGACGUGGAUGCAUACUGCCCUGGUGAUGCUGAACAGGAACUUGGUCCCCCUCCAUCUGUAGAUGAGGCAGCAAACACACUCAUGACUCGCCUGGGUUUCCUCCUUGGGGAGAAAGUCACGGAAGUUCAGCCAGGUGACCAGUACAACAUGGAAGUACAGGAUGAAAAUCAGACCUCAGCAAUCACCCAGCGGAUAAGUCCCUGUUCCACGUUGACUAGCAGCACUGCCUCUCCACCAGCCAGUAGCCCCUGUUCCACCCUCCCACCAGUCAGUACAAAUGCGACCGCCAAGGACGGCAGCUAUGGGGCUGUCACGAGUCCAACCUCUACCCUUGAAAGCAGAGAUAGUGGAAUCAUUGCUACCUUGACAAGCUAUUCUGAAAACAUGGAACGCACAAAAUAUGUUGGGGAAAGCAGUAAAGAAUUAGGAUCUGGAGGAAACCUAAAGCCUUGGCAGUCUCAAAAAUCCAGCAUGGAUUCCUGUUUGUAUCGAGUAGAUGAAAACAUGACGGCAUCCACCUACAGUCUGAAUAAGAUACCAGAGAGGAAUUUGGAAACCGUUUUAUCACAAUCAGUACAGUCUAUUCCUCUUUAUCUUAUGCCACGGCCAAACUCAGUAGCAGCCACAAGCUCUGCCCACUUGGAGGACCUCGCUUACCUGGAUGAACAGAGACAUACACCUUUGAGAACUUCUCUUCGAAUGCCAAGACAGAGCAUGGCUGGUGCUCGUACACAACAGGAUUUAAGAGUCCGCUUUGCACCUUACAGACCUCCUGAUAUCUCCCUGAAGCCCCUGCUCUUUGAAGUGCCCAGCAUCACUACGGAGUCAGUGUUCGUUGGUCGGGAUUGGGUUUUCCAUGAAAUAGAUGCUCAGCUUCAAAGUUCAAACGCCAGCGUGAACCAGGGAGUCGUGAUCGUGGGAAACAUUGGGUUCGGCAAAACCGCCAUCAUCUCCAGACUGGUGGCCCUCAGCUGCCAUGGAACACGGAUGAGACAGAUUGCCUCUGACAGCCCACAUGCCUCCCCCAAACAUGUGGAUGCCAACAGAGAGCUGCCACUCACGCAGCCACCGUCAGCCCACUCUUCCAUCACCAGUGGAAGCUGCCCAGGAACUCCAGAAAUGCGCAGGCGGCAGGAGGAGGCCAUGCGGAGACUAGCCUCACAGGUGGUUGCCUAUCACUACUGCCAAGCAGAUAACGCCUACACCUGCCUGGUGCCUGAGUUCGUCCACAACGUUGCUGCCCUGCUCUGCCGCUCCCCUCAGCUGGCAGCCUAUCGGGAGCAGCUUCUCCGGGAGCCUCACCUCCAGAGCAUGCUGAGCCUUCGGUCCUGCGUUCAAGACCCCAUGGCCUCCUUCCGGAGGGGAGUGCUAGAGCCCCUGGAGAAUCUCCACAAAGAGAGAAAAAUUCCAGAUGAAGAUUUCAUCAUCUUAAUUGAUGGAUUAAAUGAAGCAGAAUUUCACAAACCGGAUUAUGGGGAUACAAUUGUAUCAUUUCUGAGUAAAAUGAUUGGAAAAUUUCCUUCCUGGCUCAAACUAAUUGUAACAGUUAGAACCAGUUUACAGGAAAUUACCAAGCUGCUGCCUUUCCAUAGGAUUUUCCUGGAUCGACUAGAAGAGAAUGAAGCCAUAGACCAGGACCUGCAGGCCUACAUCCUGCACCGGAUACACAGCAGCUCAGAGAUCCAGAAUAACAUUUCUCUUAAUGGCAAAAUGGACAAUACUACAUUUGGCAAACUCAGCUCUCAUCUCAAGACCCUCAGCCAAGGGUCCUAUCUGUACCUGAAACUCACAUUUGACCUCAUAGAGAAAGGCUACCUAGUGUUAAAGAGCUCUAGCUACAAAGUAGUUCCUGUUUCGCUCUCUGAGGUUUAUUUGCUCCAGUGCAAUAUGAAGUUCCCAACCCAGUCUUCCUUUGACCGGGUGAUGCCCCUCCUGAAUGUGGCAGUGGCAUCUCUCCACCCACUGACUGACGAGCACAUCUUCCAAGCCAUCAACGCUGGCAGCAUCGAAGGCACGCUGGAGUGGGAGGAUUUCCAGCAGAGAAUGGAGAACCUCUCAAUGUUCCUAAUCAAGCGCAGAGACAUGACUCGUAUGUUUGUACACCCUUCUUUUCGAGAGUGGCUCAUCUGGAGAGAAGAAGGCGAGAAAACCAAAUUUCUCUGUGAUCCCAGGAGUGGUCACACAUUACUUGCCUUCUGGUUUUCCCGCCAAGAGGGAAAACUAAACCGACAGCAGACAAUUGAACUGGGACAUCACAUCCUCAAAGCACACAUUUUUAAGGGUUUGAGUAAAAAAGUUGGCGUAUCAUCCUCCAUCCUCCAAGGCCUCUGGAUCUCCUACAGCACAGAAGGUCUGUCCAUGGCGUUGGCAUCUUUACGAAAUCUCUAUACACCAAAUAUAAAGGUCAGCCGACUGCUGAUUUUGGGAGGUGCCAACAUUAAUUACCGAACGGAAGUUUUGAAUAAUGCUCCAAUUCUGUGUGUCCAGUCUCACCUCGGUUACACAGAAAUGGUGGCCCUGCUCUUGGAGUUUGGGGCCAACGUGGAUGCCUCCUCGGAAAGCGGCCUGACCCCCCUGGGCUAUGCCGCGGCGGCAGGCUUCCUGAGUAUCGUGGUGCUGCUGUGCAAGAAACGGGCCAAGGUGGAUCACUUAGAUAAGAAUGGGCAGUGCGCCCUGGUCCAUGCCGCACUCCGAGGUCAUCUGGAGGUCGUCAAGUUUCUAAUUCAGUGUGACUGGACAAUGGCAGGCCAGCAGCAGGGGGUGUUUAAGAAGAGCCAUGCCAUCCAGCAGGCCCUCAUCGCUGCAGCCAGCAUGGGUUACACUGAGAUUGUCUCCUACCUACUUGAUCUUCCAGAAAAAGAUGAAGAGGAGGUGGAGCGAGCACAGAUCAACAGCUUUGACAGUCUCUGGGGAGAGACAGCCCUGACAGCUGCAGCCGGAAGGGGCAAGCUAGAGGUGUGUCGUCUGCUCCUGGAACAGGGGGCAGCUGUGGCCCAGCCCAACCGCCGAGGAGCCGUGCCCCUCUUCAGCACUGUUCGCCAAGGCCACUGGCAGAUCGUUGAUCUUUUACUCACCCACGGAGCUGAUGUCAACAUGGCGGACAAGCAGGGCCGUACUCCCCUGAUGAUGGCGGCUUCCGAAGGCCACCUGGGAACUGUGGACUUUCUCCUUGCUCAAGGUGCCUCCAUUGCUCUCAUGGACAAAGAAGGACUGACCGCCCUCAGCUGGGCUUGUCUGAAGGGUCAUCUCUCGGUGGUCCGUUCUCUGGUGGAUAACGGAGCUGCCACCGACCACGCCGAUAAGAACGGCCGCACCCCGCUGGAUCUAGCCGCUUUCUAUGGUGACGCUGAGGUGGUCCAGUUCCUGGUGGAUCACGGGGCCAUGAUUGAGCACGUGGACUACAGCGGAAUGCGCCCUCUGGACAGGGCUGUGGGGUGCCGGAACACUUCUGUUGUUGUCACCCUUCUGAAGAAAGGAGCCAAGAUAGGUCCAGCCACAUGGGCGAUGGCCACCUCCAAACCAGACAUCAUGAUCAUCCUGCUGAGCAAGCUGAUGGAAGAGGGGGACAUGUUUUAUAAGAAAGGUAAAGUGAAGGAAGCCGCCCAGCGCUACCAGUAUGCCCUGAAGAAGUUCCCCAGAGAAGGGUUUGGUGAGGACUUGAAAACCUUCCGGGAGCUGAAGGUGUCCCUCCUCCUCAACCUGUCUCGCUGUCGCAGGAAAAUGAACGAUUUUGGAAUGGCGGAGGAAUUUGCUACUAAGGCCCUGGAGCUGAAACCGAAAUCUUAUGAAGCUUACUAUGCGAGAGCAAGGGCCAAACGCAGCAGCAGACAGUUUGCAGCAGCCUUAGAGGACCUGAACGAGGCCAUCAAGCUGUGUCCAAACAACCGUGAGAUCCAGCGGCUUCUGCUGCGGGUGGAGGAUGAGUGUCGACAGAUGCAGCAGCAGCCGCCGGUGCAACAGCAGCCUCCGCAGCAGCAGCUCCCAGAGGAAGCAGAGCCUGAACCCCAACACGAAGACAUCUACUCCGUACAGGACAUACUCGAGGAGGAGUUCUUGGAACAGGACGUGGAGAACGUGUCCAUCGGCCUCCAGACAGAGGCUCGGCCCAGCCAGGGGCUCCCCAUCAUCCAGAGCCCACCCUCCUCCCCGGCCCAUCGGGACUCAGCCUACAUCUCUGGCUCGCCCCUCGGCUCGCAUCAGGUUUUUGACUUCCGGUCCAGCAGUUCCGUAGGUUCUCCCACCAGGCAGAGCUAUCAGUCCAGCUCACCCGCGCUGUCUCCAACUCACCAGAACUCACACUAUCGGCCUAGUCCCCCACACACUUCCCCGGCUCAUCAAGGUGGCUCCUACCGCUUCAGCCCACCUCCUGUGGGAGGGCCAGGCAAGGAAUACCCAAGCCCGCCCCCUUCCCCUCUCCGCAGAGGCCCCCAGUACCGGGCCAGCCCUCCAGCGGAAAGCAUGAGUGUCUACCGUUCCCAGUCAGGCUCCCCUGUGCGCUAUCAGCAAGACACAAAUGUGAGUCAGCUUCCUGGCAGACCGAAAUCUCCGCUGUCCAAGAUGGCCCAGCGGCCCUACCAGAUGCCCCAGCUUCCCGUGGCCGUGCCCCAGCCUGGGCUCCGGCUCCAACCGGCCAAAGCCCAGAUCGUGAGGAGCAACCAGCCCAGCUCGGCCGUGCAUUCAAGCACUGUCAUCUCCACGGGGGCCUAUGGCCAAGUGGCCCAUUCAAUGGCCAGUAAAUACCAGUCUUCCCAAGGAGACAUAGGAGUGAGUCAGAGCCGGCUGGUUUAUCAGGGGUCAAUUGGGGGGAUCGUAGGGGAUGGGAGACCUGUGCAGCACGUCCAAGCCAGCCUGAGUGCGGGUGCCAUCUGUCAGCACGGAGGGUUGACCAAAGAAGACCUUCCCCAGCGACCUUCCUCCGCCUACCGGGGCGGCAUGAGAUACAGCCAGACGCCACAGAUUGGGCGCAGCCAGUCCGCGUCGUAUUACCCAGUGUGUCACUCGAAACUAGACCUGGAGCGUUCCUCCAGCCAACUAGGCUCCCCUGACGUGUCGCAUUUAAUCAGAAGACCUAUUAGUGUCAACCCCAAUGAAAUCAAACCCCACCCACCAACUCCUAGGCCACUGCUGCACUCCCAGAGCGUAGGCCUGCGUUUCUCUCCAUCUAGCAAUAGUAUCUCCUCUGCCUCCAACCUAACACCUACCUUCCGGCCAUCCUCCUCCAUCCAGCAGAUGGAGAUCCCGCUGAAACCGGCAUAUGAUAGGUCAUGUGAUGAGCUGUCGCCAGUGUCUCCCACGCAGGGAGGUUACCCUAGUGAGCCCACCCGAUCCAGGACCACACCAUUCAUGGGGAUCAUAGAUAAAACAGCCCGGACUCAACAGUACCCCCACCUUCACCAGCAGAAUCGGACCUGGGCGGUGUCGUCCGUAGAUACCGUUCUCAGCCCCACGUCUCCAGGCGGCCUGCCCCAGCCUGAGUCCUUCAGCCCACCGUCGUCCAUCAGCAACAUCGCCUUUUAUAACAAGACCAACAAUGCACAGAAUGGCCAUUUGCUGGAGGACGAUUACUACAGCCCCCACGGGAUGCUGGCGAACGGGUCCCGCGGAGACCUGCUGGAGAGAGUCAGCCAGGCCUCCUCAUACCCUGACGUGAAGGUGGCUCGGACCCUCCCCGUGGCUCAGGCCUACCAGGACAACCUGUACAGACAGCUGUCCCGGGACUCUCGACAAGGGCAGACAUCCCCUAUCAAACCAAAGAGACCAUUUGUGGAGUCUAAUGUUUAAAAGACGUGUGUUGGAGUGAGACCCAUAUGUUUUCACUGCACAUCUUCAGGCUUGGUUUCCCACAUCCGAGGUAGUUCUCUGGCUUAAUUUCUCAUGUAGUUUCUGCGUGGUGUUCGGAGGUGGCAGCCCACGUGCUGAAAUCCUUUGCAUGCAGCCGACUGAGAAGCUGGCCUCCACGGAGCCGGGACUUGGGUUUCUUUCGUCCGUGCCCCAGCCACACGCUCUCUCCCUCUCUUCAGACGCCAGCGAGGAGAUUGCUGUGCCCGCGUGCUUCAACCCAGGGAGAUCAGACGCACUGGUCGGCUUUUUCCAGGAGACAAUCGCUUUCACUGAUGUUCUUGUUGUGUAAAAUGUCUUUCUCCUUUUUUACGAAAAUGAGAUGAGAUGUUCGCGUUCGUUUUAUUCUAGGAACUUUUAGAAAGAGUGUGACGCCCCUCUGCCUUUGCAUUCUUAUCCACUGUUAUCCAGAUAGCAGCCCCCGAGCAUUCUUGUGCCGUGGUCUCCUCCCCCCGGACCACCAGGUCCCUGCGGCUGUCAAGUCUAGAAUGUUCAUUUAGAUUAUUGCUGGUGUUCCUAUGGGGAUAAAGGAUCGAGGAGAAAGAAGAAAUAAGAAAAACACCAGUACAGUUAUUUGAAAUGUCACUCCAUGGAUUGCCCAAGAGGCAUGGUAGGAACAUUCAGGAAACAACCAGCCCUUUAAUAUCUCAGUCAGCUGAGGAAAUUGGAUGAGAAUCAUACAUAUUUUUAAAAUACUUCACUGCAAACUAUUCUUUUUAUGUUUUUAGCCAAAUUAACCAUUAAACGCUACUGAUUUUCCAUGAGUGGGGGAGAGAAUAAAUAAGUAUAUGGUGGGGAGAGAGAGAAAAACUGUUCUGGAUUCUCAGUGAAAGGCUGUAGAAAGUUCUUGUCUUGGAGAAAUCUACUUGUUAGGUCCUGCGUCACUGACUGUCCACGCAGAGUAAAUAUAUACUCUCCCCAGAGAUUGACUGGCGUGGUAAUCCUGUUAGUUGGAUCUUUGCCUCAAGCCAGAUUUUGUUCUACUGGCCCUCUUUUUUUUUUUUUUUUAACCCAGAUGGUUUAGUGAAGAAUUGGUUCUAAUAAGGAAAUUGAAUCCUCUGGGGAUGGUAAGACUGACUCCCAGAGCUUGCACCCAGGGCCAUUGCAUUCCAUGGCAGAUGUGGUCGUAACUCCACCCACCAUAGUUUCAAGAUCCGUAGUUUCAUUAUCUGUCAUUACAGGAAUUGUUUAUUUUUUUUCUAAGUAGGAGUGUUUGGGAGAGGGGAUGCUUUUUAUUUUUUUUUGCCACUUAUCACGUGGCAUCUCAGUUCCCCAACCAGGGAUCGAACCCGCACCCUUGCAGUGGAAGUGCAGAGUCUUAACCACUCGAAUGCCGGGACAUCUCAGGAGUGAUAUUUAAAAUCCAUACACAGUGAAGUGUUUCAGGGUGGAGAAAGACCCCUUUCAGCCCUCUGUAGGAGAACGUGAGAUGGACAGUAAGCCUUCUGACCCCAUGACCCUGCACCCAUCGCCUGUGUCAUGGUCAUUUGCUAACCAGUCCUUUUGAGUGACUGAGGCCAGCAUGUGAAGGACAACAAGAACCCUGGAACCAAAGCCUUAGCACAGGCCUGGCAGCAACUGUGCAUCAGCUCUUAAAUUAACAAACUAAACAAAAGGGAAUCUGUUCUCUGUUACCAGGAAUCAUUCUGCUCUUGUUAGUAAAGGGCUACAGGAAGGGCAGUUUCCUGAACAGAAAUCCAGAUGUGACCAGACCUGUUUGUAAUACUAAGUGUCCUCUGAAAAAAUCGUUAAGUCAUGGGGACCAUGAAGCUGAAAUCAGAAACACUUCUUUACUAACAUAGGUUCUGCCAAAUAGAUGCACCCCUCCACCCACCCUCCCCAAGCCUGGAACAGGCCAGGAUGUGUGUGUCUCUGUGCUGGAAGUAAAUGGCAGGGCUGGUCCAAGACCCAGACUCUGCCCACUCUCUGAUUUUUAAGGACUAUCUCCCACUCAGCUAGCCCAGAGCGGACAUCCCUGUCUCUUUUCUGCUCUCUCUUUCUCUCACCGAGAUGAUGAAAUGUACAGCUGUAGCAUCAGCCCAUGACCAGGAGCCCAGCAGCCUCUCAGCAUUCUCUGUCCAGGUCUCAGCCCUUUUGGGCUCUUUGCAUCUCACCUUUCUUAACCACCUCUCACUGAGGAACUGCUGCCACAUUUUGAAAAUUUCUCAGUUUCUGUUAGAAAAGUGCCCCUGUUUAUUCACAGCACCACACGUACCACCUGCUCUUGCCUGAGUGGGUGAGCAGGUUCUGUAGUUUUAUAAAUAUGCCACUGAUGCCACUUCUUCUGAGCAUGUCUCUUAGGAUUUUCUAGGGCAGACAGGUUUAGGGUCCAUGUCUUAUUGGACAAAACACCUAAACUGUCAGCAGUCAAAAUACAAUUCGUUUGUAGGCAUUGUAAGAGGGCGUGAAUACCACUACUGGGCGCCAGUUGUUUUUGACUAAAAAAUGCCAACUGGACCUUACUGGAGCAGGAGACAAAGUUUUUCUUUAUAAGCAGACUGCCUGUGCCCUGUUUUGCUACUUCACUGCCAUGGGAUGAUCUUAGUACUGUAUGUUAGAGACGCCCCCUCACCUGCUGGCAUCAGUGUCUGGCUUCAGGUGGGGCGGGGGGGGGAGUUUUUCAGAUCAACCUGGUAAGUUCCACUCACCCACUUCACAUCACCCUGAGACGGAGACAGCGGUGACAAACUUCAGCUUACAGGUUUCUCAUCAAAUCGUACCUUCCACUCACCCAGAAUUCUUGCACUAAUGGGUUUCCAUCACAUCGUGUCUAUAAUGGGUGCACUUUAUUGUUUGAAUUUGUAACUCUUGAUAAAUAACUGGAUAUUUAAGUGUGAGUAAUGUCUUCAUUAGAAAAUAGCAAAAGCGCCCUUGUCUCUUAGUGUAUUUUUCAAAGGGAUAAAAAAAGGAAAGCAAGCAAGCAGUGGAUCACAACAUUUAUAGCACAAGAAAUAACUUGUAUAUAAGCAUCAAAAAGAGUAAGACUUUUUAAAGACAAAAAAAAAUAUUUGCAGUGAUUUUAAAGUGCUUUUCCAGCAAUUUUCUUAGGGACUCCUGAGACAUGGUUACUUUAUUUACUGGAUCAGUAAGGCACACAAUUAACAAUUAAAAAUUAAUGUUUAUUUACAAAGUAAAGGGAAAACCCUGUGUAACAUGAGAAUUUGGCAUGGACAAAAUGGAGACCAUUUUGUAUCUGCUCUUGUAUCUUCUCCAGGUUGCAGACGUGCGCUAUUAAAAGUCCCAAGUUAAUAGAGCACAAACCCUUCCCGUCCCUCUCCCACAUGCCCUUCUUUCUAGAUGUGUUUAACUUGAAGGCUCAGGAAAACUCCACGAAUUAGAAUCAUGUACAGUACCCAAGGUCGUUGUCCAGAGAUAUGAGUUUGCUAAUUUAGUUAAGCCUGGAUUAUUAAACACUUUUCCUAAGUUACUGUAAACAGAACAGCUUAGAGAAAGGUAUUCUUGGUCCUUAUAUUGUACAGUAGUUUAUGAACCCCCAUCUCUAAAUAUUGGUAUUUUUAUAUCCCAGAGAUGUACCCAAUAGAAAAAUGAAUCCGUAUCUAAUUUAAUGUCCAUAAGUAUUUUCCUUAGAUUUUAGUCACAGUGGGGUUUUUUUGUGGAUGUCCCCUUGCUUCACCACACUUCACCACUAGGUGUCACUGUGGCUCUGCACCAGGCUUGUCUGGUAGCAAAGAAUGGCAGCAUCUCCGGGAGCCACAGCCAGGCCAACAGGCAGGCCAGCAGGCUGAGGAUCCAGGAAGGAGGGAACAAAGGCCUGGAAAGGGGUCUUCACACAUCUGUGCCAGUUGCGGCAGGAUACGCUCUUUGAACACUACCUGCUUGGGACCUUCAGCCAGGCAGAGACUGGGGGUAGGCUGACCAGAUCUCCCUUGCUCUCUCCGGUGGAUGGAUGGGAAGGUAGAAGACCCCUCCCUUCCCCAUGAGCACCCCUCUCAGUUCUCUCGGCCUCCAACUUUUAUAACUCCAGAGGUGUCACAGUUGGAUGGUUCGACUCAAAGAUAGUUAUUUUUCUACUGCAGAAUUGCCUUGGACAACACCCGUUGCUCACUGAAUCUUUGCCACAAAAAUGGAACAGGCACCCCCAUGGGGCAGGGUGUGCCCAACCCCAUCCCAGCCUCAGCACCCCAACCCCCACCCUGCCUGUCUGUCCCUGGGCUGCCCACUCCUCCAAAAGCCACCCCGAAGAGGCAGCUGCUGCUGCUCCCACACCAGGCCUGUGCUGCCUGGUGGCGGCGGUGUGCGCGCUGGGAGGUAGGGCUUUCUCUUCCUUCUCCUCUAGGAAUUCCAGACUGACCAUCUACCAUGACUAACAACAAUGAACAAAGGGCUUAGGGGUAGGAGCUACCUACAAAGACGUGUCACGGAAACCUUCACCAUGCAAUGCCUUGAACUCAGCUCUGGCUGCUCCCAAGACGAGGUGGCUGGCUGGGGGCCUGGACGCAAGCACAAUGGGGCUGGUGGAGCCGCUGUGCAGAGGUACUUGAAUACUCACUGGGUCUUCAUCAACUUUUAUAACACAGACCACUCAAGGGCUGAAGUGUUGGUAACCUGCAUUUCUGUGUCCAAUGCCUCGCAGCAGCUGAACCACCCUGAGAUGCUUAUGGCCAGCUGAUGGCCACAGUCAGAGCUUUGAAAGUCAGUACCAAAUGAACACGUUAAUUGGACACCAAAAAUCAAGUGUUACUUUCAUGUUUCCUCACCCGUUUCAUCUCAUUUCUUCCUGCUGACUCUGUGGUAUCUCCGCUAAGCUGACCUGUCAGGUUUUCGCUGGACACACACAGGUGCAGACCAGCAUCCCUCUUGUUUUUUUUUUUUACGCCUACUCUGUGGAAAGGAAGGAGCCUAGCUGCUUUGUUGUUGUAGCACUCGCUAGCUGGAUUUUUCUUUUGCCUAAUCACUAACCAGAACACCUGGUUAGGGAGACUCGACUCAAUCCCUUUGGUUCCCAGGACCAGACAGAGUUAUUUCUGGAAAAUUCAGUACUUGAAUGUACCUGCCUUAUUGUGAACCAACUUACUGGAAAAAAAUUAGGAAUGCUGGCUCCAGAUCUCUUCAUCCUUCACAGGUUAUUCUGGAAAUCCUGUAAGUUACACUUCCUGUUCCAGUUUGGGGUUUUUUUUUUGGGGGGGGGGGGAGGUGUUGUUUUCAUUUCUAUUUUUUCCUCUUUGGCUGAUUCCUGCUGAGUGGGGCCAGUUCCUCGUCAGGCUCAGGGCAGGUGCCAUUCUCAGGCAUGGCCUCCUUUCCAUCCAGCAUAGCAUCUUUGUCUCUGUUCUGUCUCCUCCAAAUCCAAGAUGAUUUUAAUUAGUACAGACCUGUACAGUCUACAAUUAAAGAGUGAUUUGUACUAACAUGAUUUUGAUUCUUCCUCCUCUUUGCUGUCCUUUCAAGACACUUGCUGGAAAAAGCUUUAAUGCACUUAGUUUUCCUUUAGGUUUUCUAUAACUCAGAUGUAAAGGACUUUCUCUGUACAGUAUAUUAUCCAAUGCAUGUUUGUUCUUUAUCCUGAUAUAUUGAACACCACACGGUUGUGAACUCGUGCAGUGGGGAUGUCCCACACCCAACAGAGGCAUCUAGCCCCCUGUGUAUAAGGAAAGACAUUUUCCUUUGCUGUACUUGCUUGAGCAGUUUUAUUGUCUGUACAUGUGAGCUGUGUGAGAUAGAUGUGAAAAGUUAAAUGAAUGCAAUUUCCUGCCCAUGUAUACAGAUCGCCAUCUGUACAAUGAACUGUAUGUAUGAAAGCAAAUGUACUUAUUUAUAAAUGGGUAACACUUGGAAAAACA